AUGACGUACACCGCAGUUGCUUAUGUCAUUCCCGUGGUAGUGCUGUUUUUCUUCAUCAGUAGUCUGGCGUCUGCACUGCUCCUUUUGAAAAAAAUAAGAUGGAGAUUUUGGAAGCGGAAGAAAGGACCCUCUUCAGCCGAGCUGAGGCAAAGGAGAAUUCCUGUCAUUGAGAGCACACCAUUUUGGGUCCCAGGCAUUCCAAGUAACCUUGUGGGGAUAGAGAUCCAACCUUCAGCUCAUCUGUUGCCUGUAACUUAUUCAACUCCAAAACCACGCAGACACAAACUAGUACGUAACUCUUGUGAAAAAAGCCGGCUUUUUUUUAGAAAGGAGGGUACAGUGUUCUACAACACCUGCCAAAAUUUCGCUUUUUCGUUUUCCUUCGCACCCGUGGGGGGACACUCAACAAACAACUAGUAAAAUCCCUACCAUUUUAUUUUCCUGAAGCCUGGAAAGGAUACCGUAAAAUUCCGAAAAUAAGCCCCGGGGCUUAUAUUUUUCAAAGGCCCUUUUUGAGGGGAUUAUUUUUGGAGGGGCUUAUAUUCGGAGGGGCUUAUCUACGGAGGAAAAUUUGUGUUUCAAAAUCGAUUGGUCUAGCCUUGCAGUUGGAAGGAAAUUUACCGUUUUUGCUUUGUUUUACUUUGUAUUUGAGGGCAAUUUCCAAGUACAACCCCCCCGGGGGGGGCUUAUAUUUGGAGGGACAAUUUAACGGAGAGUUUUUUGCGUUACGAGUUUGGGGAGCUUAUAUUUGGAGGGGUUAUACAUGGAGGGGUUUAUUUUCGGAAUUUUACGGGACCCCUUUCGGGAGGUGCUUCCCCGAAAAGGCCAUCACAAGGCUGGAAGUGUGUUAAAGCUCAUUAGUUUAAUUUAACAAAAAUAUUUAAUUUUGUCGUAGCGCUUUUCAGUUCGCCACGAUAGACCAGUAAUGACGUGAAAAUUAUUCACGAUGUUCUCUAAAUCGUGGUUUCUGAGGCCGCUAUCAUUUAAAGGAUCGAUCAGCCGGCCUUGGUGAUCAGGCCUAAUAGGGAUCGCAAAUGAACUGAUAAACAGCCAAAUGGCAAAGUCAACCGAUGUUCGACAAAAGAAUUCUCUCUUUUUGGCAAUUAAGGCUCCGUUGUUAAGGCUCUUAGCAGGAAUUAUUGUCCCUUCCGUUAAAUAUUUUUGUUUUCAACAGUUCAUAAAGCUGACUAAAAAAGUUAUUUCUAGAGUCUAUCGCGCUCCAUACAUCCUUAACGUCGCACUGAACAUCUGUUUUCAUCCAGAAAGAAGUCACUCUUGGAGCUCACUUCUAAGAUCCUAACUUUUUCUUUUGCAGAAUCAGGACGAAUUACCAAAACUUAAGUUUUCUCUUCAGUAUCACAAAGCAAGGUGAGUUCUUCUUUCAGCACAUGAGUCAAUUACCUCCCCUCGUCGCUGUCAUCAUGUUUACCUUUUGUUACUAUUUGUUUUUCUUAGUGGGGUACUGGAAGUACAGCUGCUAGACACGGCUAACCUUUCCCUGGAUAGCCCCAACCUGGACGAUGCCGCGCUAGAUGGUGGAGAUUCCUCUGUGUUUCUCUUUUCCAACGUCCAACUGACCCAGCAGGUGAGGCUUGAUUAGGGAAGAGUGACCAAAGUUAAUAUUCUCCCAACACCAUCGAUACAUAAUCUAUAGAGAAAAUGUUUUGAGAAUUAAUGAAAUGAUCACCUCAGUGAUGGGAAAUGCUUUGAUCAGCAAACAAAUUCUCUCAACCAAUUCUUUAAGAAAAUGCAUGGAGAUCACUCCGGAGAAUUUGUAUUAUGAUAUUGUGGCUUAAAGGGUUAAAGUGAUGCACAAGCAUUCCAUAUAGGAGAGGUGAGGUUGUAGCCGGCUUCAAACAAUAAUCACAAAAGAGAAAAUCGCUUGAUCGUAUAAAAUUCUCCCAACUAGGUCUUUGAGGAAAAUCAUGGGGAUCAGUGUGGAAAAUUUGUUUGAGGAUAUUGGGGCUUUAGGUAAAAAUGUUAUACGAGACGAUUCGCAACAACGAUUUUUAGCGCAACACAGCGUUCCAACAUUGUUGCUAUAUUGUAAUGAAUAGUUACAACAUUGUUCCAACAUUGCAACCCAGCUGUGUUGCUCUAAAAAUCGUCCUUGCGAAUCGUCUCGUGUAACACCACCUUUAAAGGAUUAGGCAGUGCAGCAAUUCUUCAACCUCACACGUAUCUCUGGCUUAUGCUAACGAACGUGGAUUUUAUCUGCAAGGGUUUGCUUUCAUUUUUUUUAUCCCAAUCUUAUUCAGGAGGAGACAAAAAAACGGCUCCGUUUAAUGUCUCGCCGCCGUCGCCGAAGGCAUAAGUCUUUCGAGAUCGAGAUGAGCUAUGAAGCACUACAGCUGCAGACAUUGCAGUUCUGUGUUAUGGGGUAUGAUGAGUAUUCAAGAAACAAGGUUAUAGGAGAUGUGCUCCUGCCUCUUGCUGAAUUGGCACAACAGGGCUUGGACAUCACCAGAGAGCUCGUGAUGUGGAGAGAUAUACAGACCUGUCAACCGGUGAAUAACCCCUUGUUUUUAUAUCGGGAAUGGUUUGUUUUUCUUUGCUGAAUUUUCUGGUAGGAAGUGGAGACGUGGUGUUUAUCUUUGUCAAAUUGCACCAUGAAUCUUUUUUGGGCCACGAAAGUUUGAUCAAGUUUGCCACGAAAACGCGUCACAAAUAGCCAAUAGAGAGCUUUAGGACGAGAGCGAGUAUGAUUUCGAGAUUUAACUUAAAGUUUUUAUUGCGUGUUCUAAUAAAAAGACAUCCCGGAAAUCUUCAAUUUACUUUUUUUCCACCAGAAAAGUUAUAGUACGGUUAUUUAUAUCGAAGGAGGUUAAGCGUUUAAACUUCUUACGUUUGAUGACUUGUUUCCGCCACUACGACAUUCUCGCUAAAACUCGUAGUAGAAUGACGACGGCUAUCGCGUUUUCCUGCCAAAAUGACGAUGGUUCACACUUGAGCAAUACUCAGUACUGGAAAAAUCUCCUAGUCGUAGUCAUACUCGUCCUACUCGUCUCAGAAUCUAAAGCUCUUUAAUAAAAGAAUUGAGGCUCAAGCGUCCCCAAAAUAGUCCCAUAAUGCAAUUAGACAAAACACGUAACCAGUCGCUCAAUCUCAAAGCCAUUCUCUAGCUAUAUUUUUAUGUCCAAAGUUUUAAGAGAACCAGAUCAGAAAGACAAAGUUUUUUUGAAUAAGUUAAUUUCAAAAUUUUCCUAACCACUCGCUUGGUUUUAGUCUCAUCUUGUAUCGUUCCUCGUUUGUCAACUCCUCUAUGUCUUAUUUCUUUUAGCGGUCACAUUUAUUACGUGAAAGAAUGGGACAAUUGUCGAGCAUAAAGUCAUCCCAGGACGUCUCGGAGCCGGAUGGCACAGGGAGACCAGCCGAACGCAAGUGUAGCACUUCAUAA